AUACAGAAUGAAGUUCCCUCUUUUGACUUCCCUUUAUUGUACUUAGCUAUAAAUCAGCAAAUCCCUGUUAGAAUCUAUUCUGAACUCACUAUCCAGACAGGAAUCUUUUAAUGUUUAUCUACUGGAAGAUACACAUGGAAUUCCAACUGACCUUUCAUACUUUAGGGAGAGUAUAAUGGUUUUUUCUGUAUGCAUCCUGAUGUGUUCCAUCAACACUAGAGGGGCAAUGUAGCUUUGUGAAUGGGCAAUAAAGCUUGUCAUGCCAUCAAGACAUUUUAUUUUUGAAAUCAUUUUAAAAUAUGUGUUCAAAUGCUUAUUAAUUUAUUUAAGGCUGAAAAGUGUUUUACCGUAACAAACAGUUGGUAACCUUAUACAACAUACUAGUAGAAGGAUGCCAACUAAGUGCUGAAGUAUAGAAGUAUGCCCAUCAGUAUAACCGCUAAGGAUGUGCAUCAGAUUCCAGUGAAACCCAAGCAAAAUUUGGAUGGCUCCUGCAAUGAAGGAGGCUUUCCCCUGAGGCCACCAGAAUCAAAGUUGGAGUUGAAUGGGGCUUCAGUAUGACUCAUGUUAUAAUGAUACAGAGAAACAUCUGUAUGUCCUAGUUGCUCAAGGGUAACAAAACAUGGGUUGUUGGAAAUGCACUGUGACUGAGCUUUUGGGCUGGUUUGGUAUUAUAAGCAAUUUCAUUUUAACAGAUACAUUAAUGAAAUGUUAAAACUAAUGUACUACAUUAUGAAAGUAACUUCAUGGAAUAGCAUCAAGGUCAUUUGCCCAUCCAUAUUUCAAACAUGCUAUAUUUCUCCAUUUAGCCAUUUAAUUCUGUACUUCUUCUUUUCUAUCUAUCUAUCUCCUGCUUUUUUUCCUUGCAAGGAACUCAGGGUGGGCUUACAUAAUUCUGUUUUCUCAAUCUUAGCCUCACAAAAAACACCACUGUGAGGUGGGUUGAACUGAGAGCCCACAACUGCCCCAGAUCACUCAGUGAGCUUCAUGGCUGAAUGGAGUUUAGAACCCAAAUCUCCUGAGUUCUAGUCUCGCAUUCUUAACCACUUCACCACACUGUCUCUUUAUCCCAGUAAAUCUUUCAAUACUAUGUAUUUGUGGUGGUCGAUUUUUUUCUUUGUGCUGAACAGCAUACUCCAAACAUCAUACCAUGUUGUAUAAAAAUAAUUGCAUAACGAGCAUUGCUAGUCACCCUUUAUACUUCAGAUAACUGCCCCAUGAGUGCGAUCAUCUGCACCCUGAUUCUCCACUGUUGAACAUUCUCCACUGGUCAACCAUGUCUGUUGUAUUCUUUUGGAACUAGCAGCUGUUUCCGAUCUGGAUGGUCCCCAGAAUAAUGUUAACUGAUCUUUCCUUUGUAGAUGUUUGUUGACAUUAUAAUAGAAAACAGAUCCAUGACAGAAGAGAAAGGCAUAAUUUGAUUUAUAAUCACUGCCAAAAUCUUUUAGAAUGCAUGACCACCGCAUAGGUAAAAUCCACCUACUUCAGUACAAUUCCUCCAGCACAAUGGAAGGUUGCAUUGUAAGUAUAACUUAGCUUUUGAGAUUUAAGGUACCAUCUGUGAAUAUUUAAUCUAAUUUUCUUUGAUUUUAGCAGGGACAGAUUGCACUGGGUCUUGAAGGCAAAAUUUAUCCCAAUAACAGUUUUUGACCACCAUGAGUUGGAGUUUUUUGACACGUCUGUUAGAGGAAAUCCACAACCACUCCACAUUUGUUGGAAAGAUAUGGCUGACAGUGCUAAUCGUAUUCCGCAUUGUCCUCACUGCUGUGGGAGGGGAGUCCAUCUACUAUGAUGAGCAGAGCAAAUUUGUAUGCAACACAGAACAGCCAGGAUGUGAGAACGUUUGCUAUGAUGCUUUUGCCCCCCUCUCCCAUGUGCGAUUUUGGGUAUUUCAGAUCAUCCUGGUCUCCACUCCCUCCGUGAUGUACCUGGGCUAUGCCAUUCACAAAAUCGCCCGGAUGGUGGAACAUGGUGAAACAGAAAGGAAGUUCCGAAGCAAACCUUUCCCAAUGCGCUGGAAACAGCAUCGAGGCUUAGAAGAGGCUGAGGAUGAUCAAGAGGAAGAUCCAAUGAUGUAUCCAGAAAUUGAGCUGGAGAGUGAGAGGGAGAACAAGGAGAAUCCACCCCAAGUCAAAGUGAAACAUGAUGGCAGGAGGCGAAUUCGAGAGGAUGGGCUUAUGAAAAUUUAUAUACUACAACUGUUGAGCAGAACUAUAUUUGAAAUUGGUUUCCUUGUUGGCCAGUAUUUUCUCUAUGGGUUUGAAGUCAGCUCCAAAUUUCUUUGUAGCAGGAAGCCAUGUCCCCAUACAAUUGACUGCUUCAUUUCAAGACCCACUGAAAAAACCAUAUUUCUACUCAUCAUGUAUGGCGUGAGUUGUUUAUGCUUACUUCUCAACAUCUGGGAAAUGCUUCACUUGGGAUUUGGCACCAUCCGGGACACACUGAACAAUAAACGGAAAGAGCUGGAGGAUUCAGCAACCUAUAAUUACCCAUUUACUUGGAAUACACCGUCUGCUCCUCCAGGUUACAACAUUGCAGUGAAGCCUGACCAGAUACAAUACACAGAACUGUCCAAUGCCAAGAUAGCCUAUAAGCAGAACAGGGCCAACAUUGCACAAGAACAGCAGUAUGGUAGCAAUGAAGAGAACAUUCCAACUGAGUUGGAGAACCUCCAGCGAGAAAUCAAAGUUGCUCAGGAACGUUUAGACCUUGCCAUCCAGGCAUACAAUAAUCAGAACAACCCUACUUGUUCCAAGGAAAAGAAACCCAAAGGCAGCUCAAAUAAAAGCAGUGGAAGUAGCAAAUCAGGGGAUGGAAAAACCUCUGUCUGGAUUUGAUGCAGCCUGCCUGGGAUUUAAAGUCUUGCAACUUCCCCUUGCAGUUCAUGAUAACUUGCAAACUUGUUGCAUAAAAACUUGCAUUAAAUAAAUACGUAGCUUUGUUGAAGUUCAGGGAUAUUUUGGAGUGCAGUUGACACUCUCCAAAAGUCUGGAGGCAUAUUUAUGUUCACAUCCUGAUUUUUCCAAAACAUACUGUUUCUUUCAGGUCAGGAAAAGACACAGAUUUAUUUUUUUAAAAUCAUUCUUGUUGAACGGUUUACACUGUAUAUACAGUAUUAUGGUACAUUUUAUUAUGCACAAUUUUUGUAUUUAUACACUGGAUAUGUCAGUUAUACUUUUUAUAUUAAAAAGAAGAAAUUUGGGUGUUCUUGCAAGGUUUUUUCUCUCCUUAUAUUCCUAGGUCUGCAGAUGAAGCACACCGUUCUGGAUUACUCUUAUGGACAAAGACAAGAUCCUGCUUCCUUCCUAUUUUCACCACUUCUUUCCCUCACAGGUUAAAGAGAUUUUUCACUCUGGGGUUCAGAAAAAUUCCCUCAGAUGUAAUAGGAAUUCUAUAAUAAAUAUUCUAUAAUCCAAAUUGGCACAACAACAAAACCAAUUGAAUUUAAGAGUGAACUUAAGAAUGGCUUCUGUCAUAUCUGUUCCUAUUCACUGUAUGAAGCUGCUGACAUUUCAGAUCCUACAAAUGGUAUCUGGCUCUGAAAAGAAAUUUUGAGGAGCUCAACAGCUGAAACAAUUUGCAUUUCCUCCUCCUCCUUGUCAUCUUAGGUCAUGUGGCAAUUUAAGAAACUGCCCUGGGCACUACCACAAAAUGGCUUCCAUGGGAGGCAUAGCAAAGAAUAGUUAACAUGACCAAAAAAUGAGUACAAGGCAGAGGUGAGAUUCCAGCACUCUAAACGACUCCUCUGAACCCAGUUUUUAGCAUGAACAAAACCCUAUUUCACAUCAAUUCCACAAAAAUGUAUUAAUUUCUUUAAAAUGUAGAAGGAUUGAAACAUUUUACUGGAACUGAAAGAAAGGUGUCUGAGAGCCCAUUAAUUUACAUGGGCACCAUGUUAUCUACCCACACCAAAGGUUGUGUCCAUAUCAGCCCUCCUUUCCUAAAUUGCUUGUAGAAGGUCACAUGAACAGUUUGUAGAACUGAAGAAU